AUGAAGAAGGAAGAGGCAUCUUCCCGGAGCAUCCCCGGCGACGAAGAUGUUUCGCACGCGACGUCGUCGCCAGCUCAACCGCCCCGGCGAGAGUCAUCGCACGCGACAUCGCAUCCUCCGCCGCCGCGCGACGGCGGCAACACCAGCGGCGACGACGGCGACGCGGCAAGCGGCGGCGGCGGCGGCGGCGGACCGCGCUACCGCGGCGUGCGGCAACGGCGAUGGGGCCGGUGGGUGACGGAGAUCCGUGAACCUGUACACGGAAAUCGCAUCUGGCUUGGAAGCUACAAUAGCGCGGAAGAGGCGGCGCGGGUCUACGACAUGGCGGCGCGGCUGCUGCGCGGCCGCUCCGCCAAACUCAACUUUCCCGGGGAGCGCCCGGCUCCCGUGGCGCUGCCACGUGGCACCGCCGAGGCGCUGCUUCGCGCGAGCAAGGAGGCGGCGAUCAAGCUGCAGCAGGUGGGCGGCGACGGCGGCGGCGGCGUCGGCGGCGCACAGCCGCAAAUUCGCGUGGAUUCGGGAGUGGAGCUGCGCGGACCAGGCAAAGAGGAGCACGGCGGACUGCUAGGCAAGGAGGAGGAGCAAAGCGCACCGAGCGGCGGCGGCGCACAGAUCACGUCGAGAAGAAGCGGCGAGGAAGUCGGGCAGGCUGGGAGUGGGAGCGCGGCGGCCCCAUCGCCUAUAGACAUCCUCCCCGCGGCGGCGGUCUCGAUUCUCCAGCGAGCGCUCGCGUCGGAGGGAGAAGACGCAGCGACGAACGUGCGAACUCCGAAGCCGUCGUCCUGGGGACGUCCGUGGAAGCGCGCUGCUUCGGCGGAGGCCGCACUGGAGCACCACACGCAGGCAUAUGACUGCACCGGCACUGGCACGGCACCGCCCGCAAAAGCGGCUUUUCCCACUUCUGCGUCGGCGCGCGAGGCUUCUGCUGCUGCUGCUGCUGCUGCUGGUGCUGCUGCUGUGCAGGACUAUGGUGGCGCGGAGGAGGAGGCUGCGGACCUGGCCAACCGCAGCCGCAGCGUGAGGGCUUCAGGCUCCGCCACCCGCUCGCCACUCUCGCAGCCGUACUACCGCCGCGCUGCUUCAUCGGAGCGUCACACCCUCCGGGGCCGUCUCUCAUGCAGCCCUGCACCGGCAGCCGCGAUGCCAUGGGCGGCUGGUACCCCCAUGGCAGCAGCAGCAGCAGCGGCGGCAGCAGCAGCAGCGGCAGCAGCAGCAGCAGUGGCAUCGGAGCAGCUUCCGUCGGUGUCUGCGACUGCUGCAGCCGCGGCAACAGGUUUGAGGCACACCGGAUCGCGCGUCGCGGCAUCGGCGCCGGCAACCCCCAUGGAAGCCACGGCAUCGGCAGCAGGCAGGAACCUCGAUAUUGCCACCCAACAGCAGCUCGAGGCGCGUCAGGUCGCCAUUCUCUCUAAGAUCGACCAACUCACUGAUCGCCUCUCCGCGAUCACCGCUGCGGCGCAGCGAAGCUGGCUCGAACCUUCCACAAGUAACGCCGCCUCCCGCGGCGUUCCUUCCGGACACGCGUCGCAGGAAGGAAGCGAUGAUUUGAAAGAACUGGAAGGUCCGGUGCCCGGUGACGUGGCGGCAGGGGAUGAGACCGCCACGCAGACGCGGCUCGCAGAUGCGAUUCGAGCGGGAGGAAUCACGCGAUUCCGGUUUCGGCGGGUGCCGUCGGAUUACUACGACUGGACGCUGGAGGCGCGGCGAGAUGUGCUUGGCGCUCCGUCCGUUAACCAUCUGUGCAAGAGCAUUGUCAUGACCAAUACACAGGCGCCUGCAGACGUGGUGGACUGCAGCAAUCCGCGCUACUCCAAGUACUAUAUCAUUGUCAUUCAGUACUCAGCGCGGCUGAAUGCGGAGAAGGUCCGCAACUUUGUGUACGCACUCAAUGAUGGCACCGUGCCCAAGAAGCGCAUCAACAUGCGCCUUGCACCUGAGGAGGACUCCAUGGCUCUCACCGGCUUUGAGCACAAUGCCGUUGCUCCCAUCGGCACCCGCACUCCCAUCCCGGUGAUCAUAUCAGAUCGUAUCUUGGCCCUGCGGCCGCGCUACUUCUGGAUGGGUGGGGGCGAGGUGGACCUCAAGCUGGCCAUGGCUGCUGACGACUUCCUUUCACUCCUCAACCCCUUUGUCGUCGAUUGCACUUACUGA